GUUUUCACCCAUUUAUUUCUCUCUCUGUGUCUCUCUCACUCCCUCUCUGUCUCUCUCAUUUUUUUAACGUACAUAAACAAACGAUCAGCUGAUCUGUCGGUUGUUGUUUCCUAACGUGAACGUUGCGAGUUGAGGUUAAUGUGAAAGCAAAGAGCAAGAACAUACGGAGAAUAUUAAUAGAAGAAAAUCUAAUUAAUUGUUUACAUAGAUUUGCUGUGAUUAACUGUUCUAGUUAUUAAUGUGUCAAAGGAACUAUAAGUAUAUGAAUUAGAAUCAAUGUUGUGCAGUGUAAUAUAAAACAAAAAGACACUGCCUGUGCAAUGGUGAAACGGAAACGUCCCAACACCCCUGUAGGUGAUGGAGAUAGCGCUCCUAGUAGCGUAAACGGAUCAGGUAUUCCCAGCCCAGUGUCAGUAGAUGCAAGUGCAGAUGAAGAAAAAAGGCCUAUUUUCAAGGACUCAAAUUUCCAGCAUACAAGCAAAAGUAGUAAUAAGAAACGUGCUUGGAGGUCUUUGAAACAAAUAAUAGCGCAAGAGCGUGCUCUUCCAUGGAAAGAUGAUUGUGUGCAUUAUAGUUGCAUAGAUGCUCCACCAUCAUUCAAGCCUCCAAAGAAAUAUUCAGAUAUUUCUGGGUUGCUGGCAAAAUAUACUGAUCCACAGACGAAGUUAUAUUAUGCAAUGGCAGAAGAGUUCAGCACUAUACGUUGCUUGCCAAUGGAUAUCACUGCUGGUUACCUUGCUCUUAGAAGGGCAAACAACCCUAUGGGCUGAUGUAUUUAAUUUGUUUUAUAAAUAUACAUGAAAAAAAUGUGAAUUUUUGUGUGUACUUUUAUGUGAUAUAUAACAUUUUUUCUAUGAAAUGAAAAUGAAAAUUAUAUGUUUUACUUACCCUCAUGUAGUUUUAUUUUGUUUUGAUCUUAUCCCCAAAAAAUAAACUAGUGUC